GCCCGUCGCGCUCCCAAUGUGUCGCAAUAUAUCGCCAACCUGAACACGGUGCCUUCUGCCGCCGACUUGGCCGCCCAGCAGGAACUCGGUGCCUUUGACGAUGACCUGGCUAUGUUCACCAACACUCAAUUCUUCGACUUCGACGGUGACAUGACCGCCUUCCCCGAUAUGCCUCAGCAGCACCCGACAUGCACAAGCCCCUCGACUUCGGAAACGUCGCGACCUCACACCCUGCCAACCUCGCCGCCCAAUGGUCUCGCUAUUGCUCCUUCACCAUCGACCCGUCUGGAUUUCCCUGCCCAGCAUGCACCUCGCAUGCCUCAGCCCCAGCCCCAGGCCGCUUUCUCGCAACCCUCCCNNCCUCAAGUAGGAGAGAAGCGCAAGUCGACCGUGGCCGCCAUUUCGUCGCCUGCUGAUCUGGAGGACGAAUCCCGUAUGGCUGCUGAAGAGGACAAACGCCGCCGCAACACUGCCGCCAGUGCUCGUUUCCGUGUCAAGAAGAAGCAGCGUGAACAGGCUCUCGAGAAGACUGCCAAGGAGAUGUCCGAUAAGGUCCAGAUCCUCGAGGCUCGCGUCAACCAGCUCGAGAUGGAGAACAAGUGGCUCAAGGGUCUCAUCACCGAGAAGAACCUCAAGGGUCCUACCGACAACUCAGAAACCACAGAUGUCAAGGAGCCCGAGACAAUAAUCGACUCGUCCAAGAAGGGUGUCGGGACUGACAAGGAGGCGGACAAGGCUGUCGAAGCU